AUGGCAAGCCCCUUCAACCGUCGCCCUAUUCCCGACUACUUCAUCGCCUCUCCCCUAGUGGCCUUACUCUAUCCAGUGCACCAGAUCUUACUCCGUCUGCGCGGACCUCCUCGACUCCCUCCACCGGGCACUCAACCAAUCCGAGUAGUCUGCAUCUCUGAUACCCACACCCUCGAAUGGCCAGACGUACCUGACGGAGACCUUCUCAUCCACGCCGGCGACCUCUGCAACGACGGUUCUGCACGCGAUAUCCAAGCCGCCGUUGACUGGCUCCGAAGCCUUCCCCACCCAUACAAAGUCGCCAUCGGAGGGAACCAUGACAGUUACUUCGACGUGCGGUCGCGCCUGGAUGAGGACCGCAAAGGCCCAGCUUCUACGGGGGAUUCCUUCUCCGCAGUCUCCUCAUCUACGGCAUCCAUCCACUCGCUCCACGACCUGAACGGCGCCUCCCGCAUCGACUGGGCUCCCGCUCGCGCUCCCUCACCAUUUACGGCGCGCCGCAAGUCCCAGCCAUCGUCCCCCUUCGGCCCCGAACACGCCUUCACAUACCCCCCACACCAUGACGCCUGGUCUGGCACCGUGCCCCCGGAAACAGACAUUCUCGUCACCCACACCCCACCCCAAUCCCAUCUUGACCUGUCCCCCGUAUACUCCACAGGCUGUCCCAACCUGCUAGCGGAAUCAUGGCGCGUCCGCCCUGCGCUCCACGUCUUCGGCCAUGUCCAUGAAUCCGCAGGCCAAGAACCCAUAUUCUGGGAUGAAGCCCAGCGGGCCUGGGAAAGAUUGUGUGCUUCGCGCCGGUCACGCGCGCGUCUUAGCCGCCUUGCUUCGCUGGCCGGCUUCCUGCGCGAUCUUUUCGAUUUGUCUGCCUGGAUGGAUGCCGCGCGGGUCGUGGGAUACGGGAUCCUAGGUGUGGUCUGGGCCCAUGUCUGGGGAGGGGAGAACCUUAAUGGUGGGUGGAUGGUCAACGCCGCUUGCAUGUAUCGCGAUACUGGCCGCCUGGGUAACCCGCCGAGGGUUUUUACCCUGUGA